GUACAAGGUCUGAAAAUGGCUGAGUUUGGCUAUUGUGACUCUUCCCUAUCAUUUGACAUGAGGGCUAAAGAUUUAGUGGAUAGAAUGACUUUAGAGGAGAAGGUACAACAGUUGGGAAAUUUUGCUGCCGGUGCAUCUCGAUUAGGAUUACCAGCUUAUGAAUGGUGGUCUGAGGCCUUGCAUGGUGUCUCUAAUACCGGUCCAGGGACCUUCUUUGAUGAAACUGUUCCCGGUGCAACAAGUUUCCCUACUGUUUUACUUACAACUGCAUCCUUUAACCAAUCUCUCUGGAAAAGAAUUGGCCAGGUUGUUUCAUCUGAAGCCAGAGCAAUGUACAACUUAGGGAGAGCUGGAUUAACAUAUUGGAGCCCGAAUAUAAAUGUGGUAAGGGAUCCCAGAUGGGGAAGAAUUCAAGAGACACCAGGGGAGGAUCCAUAUAUUGUUGGAACAUAUGCCUCGACUUAUGUAAGAGGGCUUCAAGACAUUGAAGGAACCGAAAAUAUCACAGAUUUGAACUCUAGACCUCUCAAAGUUGCUGCUUGUUGUAAGCAUUAUACUGCUUAUGAUAUCGAAGACUGGAUGGGAGUUGAUCGAUUCCAUUUUGAUGCAAGGGUGACUGAGCAAGAUAUGUUGGAGACGUUUCAAAAGCCAUUCGAAAUGUGUGUUAAAGACGGUGAUGCAAGCAGUGUUAUGUGCUCUUUUAAUCGUAUUAAUGGUGUCCCUGUUUGUGCUGAUAAGAAACUUAUGCAAGACACAAUUAGAGGAGACUGGGAUCUUCAUGGGUACAUAGUUUCAGACUGUGAUUCAAUUGAGGUGAUGGUUGAUGGCCAUAAAUGGCUUGGGGACACUCAAGAGGAUGCUGUUUCACAAGUCCUCAAGGCAGGAUUGGAUCUUGACUGUGGAGAUUAUUAUCCCAAGUCUCUAAAGAAAUCUGUGAUGCAAGGACAAGUUAGUGAAGCAGAGGUUGACAAAUCAUUAAAAUAUCUAUAUGUUGUCCUAAUGAGGCUAGGAUACUUUGAUGGGAGUCGUUUCAAUUCACUUGGCAAGAAGGAUAUUUGCACUCAUGAGAAUUUUGAAUUAGCAGCGGAAGCAGCUAAACAAGGAAUUGUUCUUCUUAAAAAUGACAAUGAAACUUUGCCUUUGAAUUCUUCCAAAUACAAGAAACUUGCUGUAAUUGGACCACAUGGCAAUGCUACAAAAGCAAUGAUUGGAAAUUAUGCAGGUGUUCCUUGCCGGUAUGUUUCUCCAAUUGAAGGAUUCUCUGCAUUUGGAGAGGUCAAAUACGAAAUGGGAUGCGGAGAUGUUGCUUGCAAAAAUGAUAGUUUGAUCUUUCCAGCAAUGGAAGCUGCACGUGAAGCAGAUGCCACAAUUUUAGUGGUGGGCUUGGACUUGUCUGUUGAAUCUGAAGGCAGGGACAGGGUGGAUCUCCUCCUCCCAGGUUACCAGAAUCUCUUGAUCAAUCAAGUCUCUAAAGCCUCUAAAGGACCAGUGAUCCUUGUAAUUAUGACAGCAGGUGGAGUUGAUAUUUCUUUUGCCAAGGAGAGUACAAACAUACAAUCCAUCUUGUGGGCUGGAUAUCCCGGCCAAGAAGGUGGUCGAGCCAUUGCUGAUAUUGUUUUUGGAAAACACAAUCCUGGCGGAAGAUUACCACUCACAUGGUAUGAAGCCGAAUAUGCUAAUUUGGUACCCAUGACAUCUAUGACACUAAGGCCAAUUGCUAACCCAGUUGCUAAUUUGAGCUACCCUGGAAGAACAUACAAAUUCUUCAAUGGAUCAACAGUUUACCCAUUUGGGUAUGGUCUUAGCUACACCAACUUCAACUACAAGAUAGCACCCUCUAAGACUUUAAUCAAGAUAAAAUUGAACAAGUACCAACAUUGCAGCAACUUGAAUUAUGAAUACAAUGAUGAUAAGCCAUAUUGUCCAGCUGUUUUGGUUGAUGACUGUUCUUGUGAACAAGAGUUUAGAGUUGCGAUUACAGUUAAAAAUGUAGGUAAAAUGGAUGGGAGUGAAGUGGUAAUAGUUUACUCAAAGCCUCCAAAGGGGAUCACAGAAACUCAUGCCAAACAAGUGAUUGGUUUUGAAAGGGUAUUCGUUCAAGCAGGAGGGGAAACCAAGACGAAGUUUAGAUUUAAUGUAUGCAAGAGCUUAGCAAUUGUGGAUAAAAAAGGUUACAAGGUUUUGCCGUCUGGUUUGCACACCAUUAUGGUGGGAGAUGCUAAUGUCUCAUUUUUUGUUAGUGUGCAGUAUUACAAGUAGUGGGUUAGGAUGAUUCUCAUAUUAGGGAUAGAACCAGCUACACUGUAAUGUCUCAAUUUGAAUAUCAAUCAAUUAGAAUAAUGAAUUAACUUCUUUUGAAGCAAUCUUUCACAUACAAUCAUCAGGACCUUUUUGUUUUUCUUUAUUUUGGAUAUCAUUACUGGAUUUGGU